GACUGAUGAGAACCACUGACACUAAGGAACAAGACGAGGAGAGUAUCCAAGCUUCUUCCAUUUUUCUUCGAUCUCGAUCCCAAUUGGGGGAGAAUCCAAUCCGGUGCUGAGUAUACGCCAUGGACGAAGGCUACAACAGUCUCCCUUCCACCCAUCUCCUCGGCUCUGUCCCUGCGGUGGUCGCUGAUGACAAAAGACCGGCAGUGGAUGAAGCUCGGACAGGCUCACAUUCGAAUUUGCAUGUGUUUCCACCAGCUAAUGGAGGUUACCAAGCUCCUGGGACUCCUUAUGAGACAGGUGGUAAUGAGCAGGCUACAACCAAUUGGAAGGGAGUGCUUAGCAUUUCGUCCUACAGCCCAUAUUUCAAUGUUGACACUGAUAACGUGGUUGAUAGGAUCCUCAGUUCAAUGAAUCCCCUCCAGGGAGAUUUCCGCAGAAAGAUAGAUAGCUAUCCUGAUCUAUAUGGUCCGGUUUGGAUCUCCACUACAUUAGUGUUCAUGCUUGCUGCCCUUGGGAACUGUGGCACUUAUCUCAUGAACAGAAAAAGUGUGCCAGAUACAGCAUGGGUCUUUGAUGUUAACUAUGUGAACUGGGCAGCAAGCGUGGUUUAUGGUUAUGCACUUCUUGUACCAGUGGCGUUUUAUUUCUUGCUUCAGUAUUUUGGAUGUAGUGCAAGUCUCACACGCUUCUGGUGUUUGUGGGGAUAUUCCUUGUUCAUCUUUAUUCCCAGUUCAUUGCUGUUGGUUUUUCCUGACGAAUUUUUACGAUGGCUGAUCAUAUUAGUUGCUGGGGCUGCAUCCUCGGUGUUCAUUGGGAUCAAUUUGAAGUCAUACACAGAGGGGAGUGAUAUGAUGGUGAUGUGUGUCAGUGCAAUGGUGCUGCAGUUUGUUCUAGCUCUUUUCAUCAAAUUUUUCUUCUAUGCUUGAGGGCUUGUGGUGGGAAAAACAAUACUGAGCGCACAGUAACAGGAUUUUAGUAGUCAUAGGCAAACUUGUGAUCACACAUGAUGUGUAUGUGUAUGAUAUAUUUUGUGUCUCUCUAAACAGGGUUUUUUCCUUGACUCA